CACGACCACCUAUGGUGUAUAAAAGCUUCGGGCAGGAGACUUAUCGGCACAGUGAAGUGCCAGAAAAGGGAAGCAAUGUACCGUUCGAGAAGCAAACUCUUCUGUUAUCUUGUGCUCAAUGGAUUGCUGAUAUGUCUGCUAUAUGGAAGUUCGAAAGCGAUUGUCGGAGUCGACGAAUGUCAGGCGAUACGUGUGAUACACUUCCUUCAAUAUCCGGGAUGUAUUCCAAAGCCAAUUCCCAGUUACGCAUGCAGAGGACGUUGUAGCAGUUAUCUGCAGGUGUCCGGAUCCAAAAUGUGGCAAAUGGAGAGGAGCUGCAUGUGUUGUCAGGAAAGCGGCGAGAGAGAAGCUAGUGUGUCCCUGUUCUGUCCGAGGGCGAAACCGGGGGAGAAGAAGUUCAGAAAGGUCAUCACAAAGGCGCCAUUGGAAUGUAUGUGCAGACCAUGCACCAGUAUAGAGGAGUAUGCGAUAGUUCCUCAGGAGAUCGCAGGAUUCGCCGACGAAGGCCCAUUCGCCACGUCUGCGCACUUCCGACGCUCCUCCGGCUUACAAUAGAUAUACUUUCUCGCUGAAACCUCACACUGCCGCAAGAAUCGCACGGUAAUUGCAUAAGCUUUAGGAAUUACGAGACUAAUCCGUAUAUACGCGACGCGAUUGAGACUCUACGUUCAGUAAUUAUUCGCUAUUAUAAAUAUUAAGAAAAAGAGCCCUCGACAAAUGCUGUUAUUUUUCUCGUCGGCUGAGUAAAAUCGCGAUAGAUUAUAUGUGUACAAUGAAUACAAAUGUAUCUAUGUAAUGUGCACACGAGACACGCAAAUAAACAUGUCUUCUGAUUCCAAGAACCGAGAAGCAAAUUACAUUACACAGCAAUUUCGUUCUGGUCUUAACCCGGGAAUAGUCACCCGGGGUCAUUUAGAUUCCAAUUAAAAGUCGCUAUUAUUAACAAUAUAUAGCACAUUGUCGAUUGAUCUAUAUAAUUUAUUAUUAUUUAAGAACAUUUUAAACAUAGGUUUACUUGCUACUUUUUGAAAAAAAUUAGGAGAAACCAAAACAAUAUUUAAGAAGCGAAAUAAACACCUAACCAAGAAACGAAAUAAAAACCUAACCAGGUGUUCG